AUGGAAAAGAGAAAUCGAUCAGCUUCACCUUCCAACACACCGCGUGCCCAACGAGCUAUACGUCGAUUGGAGAGAGCAACCCUGCCCGUAGUAUCCCCGCUUACAGUACCCCAGCCAACAGGACCCCUGCCCAUAACACCCUGCGGACUGUCAAUACUCUCCACGGACACUGCAGACUCACUAACCAGUUUAGAGCAAGACGCCCGGACUAGGAUCCAUGCUUAUGAAAACCAGUCACUUCGCGAUGAGACGCUGUUGAAAAGCGGCUUGAAUGCAUUUCUCACGUGGCUACCAGAGGCCGGUAGAACCUCCAUCGCGAGAGAUAUUAUUGGGACAAGCUCCGACCGAGAGCUGUACGAUGUCUUCAUGAACCUUUUUACUGGACUUGCUGUACCGAUGAAAUCCCGAUCAAAAGCACCCUCUGUUGUGGAAAGUCCUUAUCCAAAGCGCCAGGAGCACGUCGAUAUAGUUACCUCCCUUGAUCAACCUGAAAGGCGUGACUCUUCGUUCGCGGCACAGCUCCAAUUGCGGGACACCUAUCGCUGUGUAAUCACGGGUCAGCUGAACACCGAUCAAUGGGAGCACGAAGGGGAACCAGGAGAUGUUCACUUUGGCCCGACUGAGGGGGCUCACAUAAUACCUUCUGCGUUUGCCUCGUGGCCAGGGGUGUCCGGAGCGCCAAGAGAUAUGUCAAGUACCUGGGCCUUACUAUACAAGUGUUUCCCUGGGCUACGCGAAAUAAUUUCAGCAGAGGAGAUCAACACUCUUCGCAAUGGAAUCACUCUUCGAGACUCGGUGCAUACCCAGUUUGGCAAAUUCACAAUUACCUUAAAACCAACCGAUAUCGAAAAUGAGUACGAGGUGAAGACUUAUAAGCGCUACCCCUCGGCUGACAUCCUCCUCAUUCCCUCCAAUCGGCGCGUCCGAUUUUUGCCAAACACAGAGUAUGAGAUUCCCUGCCCCGCAAUUCUCGAUGCGCAUUGGAGAAUGUGCGAAAUUUUUAAUGCAUCGGCUAUGGGAGAGACCAUUGAACGACAUCGUCGGAAAUGGGAAGAGUUAAGAGACUCUGGGUGCGCUGUUGUUAGAGAGGACGGUACGACCGAUCUCGCUAGUCUACUUGAUAUCGCGCUACGGGGCCAAGUUCCCGCAUGA